CACACCAAACUCACCAGCUUACCCCUCCCUUGUCCUCAUUGUCUCCUCCCGUGUGUGAUCGACUGGAGGGAGGUGCUCGGCCGGGAACAGGGAGAGACACACGAGCUCUGAAGGAGAGUAUGCACACACAGUAUGAGGGACAUGGGAGUCUGAUUAGAGCUGGAAUGGGGUGUUCUGUACUGUAGGUCACUCUGCAGACCUUUUUCUGGAGGGAAACUGAAGGGCUGGACACAGGAGACGGAUACAGGAAUUCCAGGUCACAAGGGCUCCUGUGGCAGAGCAAAGUCUUGGCUGGGUUGGGCUGGUAUUCCAACCUCUCCCUCUCACGAUCAUGAGCAUGACAGAGGUAGAGUAGGAGCAGAACGGGGACAAACACAUCGAGAAGAGGAGAACACCUAGAAGUAAGAGUGGUAAAAAUCGCAUAUUGGGGCAACCAAGGGGUCGACUUCUGCUCUGACCACCUUUUUCACUCCUUCAUGAUGGGAUCCUCUGUGGAGUUUACCUGCUUGUUGCUGGUGGUUUCUACCCUGGUCAAGAACCACUUGGUUUCUGGGGGUUGUUUGGGGAGAUGCUGCCGCGGCAGAGACAUGGGAUGCAUGACCACUGACUGGAGGAUGGACCGUGUGUAUGGGACAUGCUACUGCGACGAGGGCUGUGUCAGGACCAAGGAUUGCUGCUUCGACUACUUCACAGAGUGCCCAGCUCAGGACUGCGCUGUGAGCGAGUGGAGCUUUUGGAGUGGCUGUGCCAAGCCCUGCCAACCUUCAAUGCGAGUGCGUGUACGUCACAUAGAGCAGCAGCCCAGUAACAACGGAGAGCCCUGUCCCAGCCUGGAGCAAAAAGCCGGCUGCAGGGAGUACAGAGACUACCAUGGCGCCCACUGUGGAGUCGAGUCAGGUCUUGCAUUCAUCACAAGCAUGGAGUUUGGCAAGGGGAGGCCCAAGCAUGACAACUAUGGAAACCCCCUGAACCCUGGAUUCUGUGUGGAAUUCACACUGGAGUCGCGGACACCCCACUGCACAGUGCACAACCAGCCACACACACACUGGAUGCGCUACGUGACAGAGGGCUUUAAAGUGUGCGUGGCAUGUGAACCACCUGCUAUGCGAAACAAUAGUGGCAGCUGCCAGGGAGAUGGUCAGCAAUCAGACAAAAAAGCUGUGCUCCGCUGGCAGGCAGUGGGGUACCCUCAGUGCAGCGGCACAUGGAAGAAGAUCCAGAAAACCCAGCGGUGCAACUGUCCACCACAACACAGCUUUGUGUUCAUCUGAGCCACACAGAGCACCACUGGAACAUGUGCUCUGGUGUGGGGUCCACAAUGACAUUUCACAGUCAAGGUGCCCUCAUCGGUGUAACUAAAAUAUGUUCCGAUCAGGUGCCUCAAUACAACAGGCUUUCAAUACGAAGCGACACAUAGCUUGAGGCUUGACAGUUGUGCAUUCCAAUCAUGUCUCUACUAAAUAUGCUACACAUUUGAUAUAAAAAUAUCAAAUCACUGCAACCAUCAUGCAUGUUUCCAUUGUUCUGUGUAAUGUGACUGCACUUUGUUGCACAUUGUCUUAUAUCAACUUUUUCUAGUACACAAUCACAUCACACUUGAUUUUGCAUUACUUUAUUGUAACAAGCCACAUUUUUAUUUUAUUUGUCAAUAUAUUACAUAAAGGACCAGUGAGUAGGAUUUAGUGGCAUCUAGCAUCUUGCAACCAACUGAAUACCCCUCAACUGAACCUAUGGUGGCCGCGAAACUUGUUAAAAACAUGAAAGACCCUCUCUAGAGUCAGUGUGUGGUUUGUCUGUUCUGGACUACAGUGGAAAUAUGGUGGACUCCAUGGAAGAGGACCUGCUCUCUAUGUAGAUAUAAAAGGCUCAUUCUAAGGUAACAAAACAUAACUUAUUUUCAG